UCUUCAAGUUCAACUUCUGAUUGAAGAAAAGGCUGCUGCAGUGGCUGGCAGAUCAGCGAUAGACCCUGGGAUAAAACAAAAGAAGUAUGCAAAGUGCAAUCUUCUUUGCUCUUCAGCACAACUGUGGACAAAUGGAGAAAACUCCCAGCAGCUGCCAAAACGAGGAGAAGAAAGGAAAGAUGAAGAGAACUAUCAUUAAGGAUUGGAAAACAAGGUUGAGCUAUUUCCUGCAAAACUCUUCCACUUCUACAAAAACAAAGUCCAACAAAAAAGGAAAGCAACAUACUUACUUCAGACCUUCUCCUGAAGAAGCCCAGCUGUGGUCAGAAGCUUUUGAUGAACUUCUAGCUAAUAAAUAUGGUCUUGCAGCUUUUCGAGCUUUUUUGAAAUCAGAGUUCUGCGAGGAGAACAUCGAUUUCUGGCUGGCCUGUGAGGACUUCAAGAAAAUCAAGUCACCUCAGAAGCUGAUAUCCAAGGCUAAAAAGAUCUACAAUGACUUCAUUGAAAAAGAAGCUCCCAAAGAGAUAAACAUAGACUUUCAAACCAAGAACAUGAUUGCCCAGAAUAUCCAAGAAGCAACACGCACUUGCUUCAGUGCUGCACAGAAGAGAGUCUACAGCUUGAUGGAGAAUAACGCGUACCCACGAUUUUUGGAGUCUGAAUUCUAUCAGGAACUGUGUAAAAAGUCACAGAUUACCAGGGAGCCUCAAGGGACAUGAACUCUGAAGGGAAGUGAAGUGGAGAAUUCUAUUUCACCUGCUAAGGAAGAAGGCCAUGUGUCCUAGCAGCUCCAUAAUCUGAAAAACUGAAAUCCUGAAUGUACAGAAGGUUUGCCCAGAUGUAGUGGGGGGGGAAAUGGACAGAAAUAUAGCCUAAGGUGGUUUACAGUUGAGUGGUAAACAGUGAUGUUAGGAGCUUAGGGAUGGAGCCAGGAAAGCUGCUGGCCAGUGUCCAGGGAUGAUGCAUUUUCCAUCAGUGAACAGUGCAGAGAGAAGGUAUUUCCAUGCAUUAUCAUAGCACUGUAUAUUGUCAGACUCCUUUUGUCACACUGAGAGCGUUGAUACUGUAGGUCAGAUAAGAUCUGCCUCUUUUAAGAGUAAACAAGCUCUGAGGCAGCACAGUGUAAUCAAACAUUUCUGGGAAUUUGGACAGCUUUGAAUAAUUGAUUGCAUUUUUUUCCCCUAAAUAACUGGUGGUGUGUUAUCACUCACUCACUUCUUAAUACUGGUUCAGCUAACUAAAAAUUUCCCAGCAGCAACUAGAUGCAUCAGUCUUCCAUGUGACACCAAACACUGUCACUGUAU